AUGGACAACCUGUUGAUAGAAAACCAGCCAAAGAGAAACCUGUCAUUUGGAUAUCCAUGGAUUUGGAAACCUUUUGAUCAGUUCUCCCAGUUAUCUGCUCCUCCUAGUUCUCCCAGUUAUUCUGCUCCUCCUAGUUCUCCCAGUUAUCCUGCUCCUCCCAGUUCUCCCAGUUAUCCUGCUCCUCCCAGUUCUCCCAGUUAUUCUGCUCCUCCUAGUUCUCCAAGUUAUUCUGCUCCUCCCAGUUCUCCCAGUUAUCCUGCUCCUCCCAGUUCUCCCAGUUAUUCUGCUCCUCCUAGUUCUCCCAGUUAUUCUGCUCCUCCCAGUUCUCCCAGUUAUUCUGCUUCUCCUAGUUCUCCCACUUAUUCUGCUUCUCCCAGUUCUCCCACUUAUUCUGCUCCUCCCAGUUCUCCCAGUUAUUCUGCUCCUCCUAGUUCUCCAAGUUAUUCUGCUCCUCCCAGUUCUCCCAGUUAUUCUGCUCCUCCCAGUUCUCCCAGUUAUUCUGCUUCUCCUAGUUCUCCAAGUUAUUCUGCUCCUCCCAGUUCUCCCACUUAUUCUGCUCCUCCCAGUUCUCCCAGUUAUUCUGCUUCUCCUAGUUCUCCCACUUAUUCUGCUCCUCCCAGUUCUCCCAGUUAUUCUGCUCCUCCCAGUUCUCCCAGUUAUUCUGCUCCUCCUAGUUCUCCAAGUUAUUCUGCUCCUCCCAGUUCUCCCAGUUAUUCUGCUCCUCCCAGUUCUCCCAGUUAUUCUGCUUCUCCUAGUUCUCCAAGUUAUUCUGCUCCUCCUAGUUCUCCCAGUUAUUCUGCUCCUCCCAGUUCUCCCAGUUAUUCUGCUCCUCCCAGUUCUCCCAGUUAUUCUGCUUCUCCCACUUCUCCCAGUUAUUCUGCUCCUCCCAGUUCUCCCAGUUAUUCUGCUCCUCCCAGUUCUCCCAGUUAUUCUGUUCCUCCUAGUUCUCCCAGUUAUCCUGCUCCUCCCAGUUCUCCCAGUUAUUCUGCUCCUCCUAGUUCUCCCAGUUAUCCUGCUCCUCCCAGUUCUCCCAGUUAUUCUGUUCCCCCCAGUUCUCCCAGUAAUCCACUGGUUUAAUGGGUGAUUUUUUCCCUCAUUUUGUUCUUAAAUUUCUAACUGAGGCAUCUGGGAUGAAGGAGCUUUAAAUGUUUCUACAACAUGACACCAAUUAAAAAUUACAUGAGCUAAAUAUUGAUUUAGAUUUUACAUUUUGAACUGGGAUUUAAAUGAUUUGAACUGGGAUUUAUUGGAACUGGGAUUUAAAGAAAAAACAGCAGCUUCAGCCUCUGGAAGAGGGUGCUGGGAUAAAUAUCUUUCUUUUCUCAUUUCAUUUCUUCUUUGAGGACUUCCAUUAGUAAAUCCAUCACUGUGUUCCAGAAACAUUAAAACUAAUCAAUCAAUCAAUCUGAGGUAUUAACGGUGGAUUUAUCUGAUCAAUCGAUUAGAAAAAGGUAAUAACUCGUAGUGGUUCAGUCCAGUCAUAUCUAACUCUAACCAGGUGGUCAAGUUACCGGAGCCUAUCCACUGCAGGCUGACUUCUACUGGUUUCCAGUUUAAACUGGUCCACAGUUGUCCAGAGACACUCAGACCAUCACCAGGUUUUAUCUGCUGAUGGUCCACAGGCUGGCAGCUCCAAUGUUCUCAGUGAUGCUCACCUCAUACGCCACAAGUGAGCUGCACCUGCAUCAAAUGUGGGAUUUAUUUACCUGGAGGAACCAGCACAGAUCUGGAACUGAUGAAUGGUAAACUGGUGAUUCUGUAAUGUCUGGUCUCAGCUGUUACAGGGACGUUGUUAACAUCCAUGAAAUGACGUCUCCGUAGCAACCAGAUGGUUGUCCCUGACGAUGUUGUGUUUAUCUGGCCUGUGGUCGGAUAAACACACCGUUGUUUAGCACAGACUGAACCAGCAGAUCUUCGUUGGCUCCAGACGAUUGAUGCUGCUUAUCUAAACAUUUAAUGAUUAAUUUGUAUUGAUCAGUUUCACUAAAGCAGAAUUUGUGUCUUUGCUUUCUGGUGGUUGCUGGUGCAGCUCACCCUGAUGUCGGGACGCCUGUGUUCCUGGAUCGUGUUGUACAGAUGCUGUUUAUCAGCUGUAAACUGGUCUGAGGCCAGUUUGCCCACGUUGACGUAGAAGAUGUUAAAUAUGAAGCGUCCUGGUCCUGGUCUGUGCAGGACUCCUUCACUUUGUUUGGUAGCAGUUUAACAGUGAUUAUACCACAUCGUGUUCAACUGCAACUCAUCCUACCUGUAAAUGUUCUGUUUACCUGAGCUUAACCUGUGCACCUGUUGUACCUGUACAGCAUCUGCAUUGAAUACUUUACAGUAAUAAAUGAGGAUUUAUUUCAA